CAAAAAAAAAAUAACGUUAUCCACAGCAGAGACGACUGGCAGAACCCAAUGAAGUAGCAGUUCAAUAACAGCUUUCCACGCUCACCGCUUCCUUCAGUUAAGGAGCUUUCGAUUCCUAUUACAAUGAACUCCAUUAUUAAAUCACCCUACUCUUCUGCACUGCUUCCCCACAAUUCCCACAACCACUAUCACCACAAUCUGCCUCGCCUCGUCAUGACCAGAACUGCUCCACAGAGCCUUCACUCUGCUUCAACAAGCCCACUAAUUAGGAAGGCCCUACCUCAUUCCUUUGUUGUUAUUGCAGCCUCCUCUUCUCCUCCUAAAUCCCUCGACGUGUCAGUCUUCCUCCAAACCAGUGCUCUGCUUCUCUUUCUAUACUUCACAGCAAAUUUCAUAGUGCCAGAGCUCAUCUCCAAGUAUUUCGGAUUUGACAAAGUAAACGAAGAACAGAAUGUUAACGAUGGGGAUAGAUAGAAUGUUAUAACCAGGACUGCAAUUCACCGCCGGCUUUCACUUCAAAUACAAUUCUUUUUCUUUCCUCUUUAUUUUUCAACUUGUGAUUUAUGUAUAAUGCGAGAUUGGUGUUAUUGUGGAAGUCAUUAGGUUUGUUUCUGUAUGAAAAUUAGCUUAUUAUUCUUUUUUCC